AUGUGGGUCCCCUCCACCCCAGACCAACCCAGGAGAGAAACCGCAGCUGCCCAUGAUGAAACCCAGACAGAUAACCUUUUAGUUCUCACCGUGGCUACCAAGGAGACGGAGGGCUUUCGUCGCUUCAAGCGCUCGGCCCAGUUCUUUAACUACAAGAUCCAGGCUCUGGGCUUGGGGGAGGACUGGAAUGUGGAGAAAACGUCAGCAGGUGGUGGGCAGAAGGUUCGGCUGCUGAAGAAAGCUCUGGAGAAACUUGCAGACAAGAAGGACCUGGUCAUUCUCUUCACAGACAGCUAUGAUGUGGUCUUUGCUUCGGGGCCACGGGAGCUCCUGAAAAAGUUCCGGCAGGCCAAGAGCCAGGUGGUGUUCUCUGCUGAGGAACUCAUCUACCCAGAUCGUAGGCUGGAGGUCAAGUACCCGGUGGCCCCUGAUGGCAAGAGGUUCCUGGGCUCUGGAGGCUUCAUUGGUUAUGCCCCUAACCUCAGCAAAAUGGUGGCUGAAUGGGAUGGCCAGGACAGUGACAGUGACCAGCUCUUCUAUACCAAGAUCUUCUUGGACUCAGAGAAGAGGGAGCAGAUCAAUAUCACCCUGGACCACCGCUGCCGGAUCUUCCAGAACCUGGACGGGGCCUUGGAUGAAGUGGUACUCAAGUUUGAAAUGGGCCACGUGAGAGCACGGAACCUGGCCUACGACACUCUCCCAGUCCUGAUCCAUGGCAACGGGCCCACCAAGCUACAGCUGAACUACCUGGGCAACUACAUCCCACGCUUCUGGACCUUCGAGACAGGCUGCACCGUGUGUGAGGAGGGUCUGCGCAGCCUCAGGGGCAUUGGGGAUGAAGCCCUGCCCGUGGUCCUGGUCGGUGUGUUCAUUGAGCAGCCCACGCCGUUCCUGUCCCUGUUUUUCCAGCGGCUCCUGCGACUCCACUACCCUCGGAAACAGAUGCGGCUUUUCAUUCACAACCACGAGAAGCACCACAGGGCCCAGGUGGAGCAGUUCCUGGCAGAGCAUGGGGGCGAGUACCAGUCUGUGAAACUGGUGGGUCCCGAGGUGCGGAUGGCAAACGCGGACGCCAGGAACAUGGGCGCAGACCUCUGCCGCCAGGACCUGGCCUGCACCUACUACUUCAGCGUGGAUGCCGACGUGGCCCUGACAGAGGCAGACAGCCUGAGGCUGCUGAUUGAGCAGAACAAGAAUGUCAUCGCCCCACUCUUAACCCGCCAUGGGAGACUCUGGUCCAACUUCUGGGGGGCAUUGAGUGCAGACGGCUACUAUGCCCGCUCUGAGGACUACGUGGACAUCGUGCAGGGCCGAAGAGUCGGGGUAUGGAAUGUGCCCUACAUCUCCAACAUCUACCUGAUCAAGGGCAGUGCCCUGCGGGCCGAGCUGCAGCACAGAGACCUGUUUCACCAUAGCAAGCUGGACGCCGACAUGGCCUUCUGUGCCAACAUCCGGCAGCAGGAAGUGUUCAUGUUCCUGACCAACCGGCAUCCUUUCGGCCAUCUCCUCUCGCUGGAUAACUACCAGACCACCCAUCUGCACAACGAUCUUUGGGAGGUGUUCAGCAACCCUGAGGACUGGAAGGAAAAGUACAUCCAUGAGAAUUACACCAAGGCCUUGGAGGGGAAGCUGGUGGAGACGCCCUGCCCAGACGUCUACUGGUUCCCCAUCUUCACGGAGGCGGCCUGUGAUGAGCUGGUGGAAGAGAUGGAGCACUAUGGCCAGUGGUCCCUGGGCGACAACAAGGUACACCCCCGCCAGACACUGGGAUUUGGGGGCUGCAGGGACACUGCCCACCCACCCCAUGUCACCACUCUAGGUCUUCUAGCUACCCAGACUGGUUUUGAGGAUUAGGUUCAUUCAUUCCUGAUUCCCUCCUUGCCUCUCCUGACUGACCAGGUGCCCCUGUUGCCUGCCCCUACACAGGCCCAGUUUGACUUGGCCUUCGUUGUCCGAUACAAGCCGGAUGAACAGCCCUCCCUGAUGCCACACCAUGACGCCUCCACCUUCACCAUCAAUAUCGCCCUGAACCGGGUCGGGGAGGACUAUGAGGGUGGUGGCUGUCGCUUCCUGCGUUACAACUGCUCCAUCCGAGCCCCACGGAAGGGCUGGGCCCUCAUGCACCCAGGACGGCUCACUCACUACCACGAGGGACUCCCCACCACUCGGGGUACCCGCUACAUCGCCGUGUCCUUUGUGGAUCCCUAACCAGCAGCCUCACUCCCUCGGGCCUUUCUUCUGCAGAUGACCACUGCUCACCAGCUCUGAGGGCCUCGCGGCCCCAGGAGUCUUGGUCCAGCCUUGGGGCUCUUGACUGACAGUUGCUUUCAGAAUUGCCAGAUGGAAGGAUUGGCACAAGCCAGAGAUGGAGCCCCCCUCUGAGGCUGGGAGCCUUUCUGUGGUCUCCUGCCCAGCUUUGGGAGACCAAUCACCUUGAUCCUCCCCAGCUGUCUUCCUGGAACACACACUUCACUUUUUCUGACUCUCUCAUGGGGAGAGACUUGACAGCUCCCAGAACUGUCCAGAGAGACUCCACACAGGCAGAAGUCAGCUGGUGGCAGAACUUCCUGCCACCCCACUGGCUUCUGCUUCCAGCUUCCACAGAGACCCAUGCAAAACCCAGCCCCCUCUGAGCCCAGGACCACCGAGGCCCCUUCUGCCAGGCUCCCAUCACCAAAGCACACUAUUGUCUCCUGGAGACAGUAGCUCAGACUUUUCUCCUGGGGGACAAGAAAAGCAUCCAUGUCCCAGCUCCAUCCUAUACUUGAUCCUUGCUGGGGAGAGGAGUGACCUGUCCACAUUGCACUGGGUGACCCUGUCCCCCUGCCUCUGGAGGAGGGACAGAGACAGGAGAAUUCUAUUAAAGGUCGUUCAAACCACUGA